AUGAAUGUGUCGAUCACCCAAAGAAAUCUGACGAGUUUUGCGAAAAAUCUACUGAUUGUGCGGGAGUCCCUAAUACAACCUAUAUGACUAAUAAAAGUGCAAAUUACCAUGCAACGACUUGA